GUCCCCAUCAAGAAGGCCAGUGCGGUUGCGCAAUGUUAUUACAGGGCACGAAUCAGUCGAAACGCUCUUCUUGAAAUCCACUGAGACGGUACAAUGCAGCCCCACAAGAUGCAUGGGAUCUGUGAUGUCAGCGCCCCCUAAGCGGUCGCAAGGAACGGCUAGGCCGAAAGAAGAGGUUCUUAAGCACGCCAAACACUUUUUUGACCAGUAUUUUUCCAGCAUCAAAAGAAUGAAUUCUCCCAGUCAUGCCAGACGCUGGAAAGAGGUGGCAACCGAAGUAGAGAAGACCGGCACAUACGACUUGAAAGAGACUGAACUGGUCUAUGGAGCAAAACUUGCGUGGAGGAAUGCACCAAGGUGUAUAGGCAGGAUACAGUGGUCCAAACUACAAGUUUUUGAUGCCCGAUAUGUCGCCUCGACGAGAGAAAUGUUCGAUGCUAUUUGUAACCACAUCAAAUAUGCAACAAAUAAAGGAAAUAUAAGGUCCGCAAUAACAAUUUUCCCCCAAAGAACGGAUGGACUUCAUGAUUUCCGAAUAUGGAACAACCAGUUGAUUAUGUAUGCUGGCUAUAAGAAAGAAAACGGAAAAGUUGUUGGAGAUCCGGCCAAUUCAGAUUUCACACAGCUUUGUCAAAAGCUAGGCUGGAAAGGCUGUGGCAAGAAAUGGGAUCUUCUACCUUUGGUGCUUUCGGCCAAUGGACACGAUCCUCAAGUCUUCGAGUUACCGGAAGACCUGGUACUUCGGGUCCCUAUAACGCACCCCAAAUACCCGUGGUUUGCGGAGCUGGACAUCCAGUGGUAUGCGCUGCCAGCGGUGUCCAGUAUGUUAUUUGACGUGGGAGGCAUCGAAUUCCCAGCGGCUCCUUUUAACGGAUGGUAUAUGGUGACUGAAAUCGGAGCGAGGGAUCUCUGCGACACGCAUCGCUUCAACAUAUUAGAGGAAGUGGCAACACGUCUUCAAAUCGAUACAAGAGCUCCAUCUACUCUUUGGAAGGAUCGCGCUGUUGUUGAAGUCAACUUGGCUGUCAUUUACAGCUACCAAAAGGCGAACGUGACGAUCGUCGACCAUCACACCGCAUCGGAAUCAUUCAUGAAGCACUGGGAGAACGAGAUCCGGUUGAGGGGAGGGUGUCCUGCCGACUGGGUAUGGAUCGUGCCGCCCCUCAGCGGGAGCCUGACACCUGUCUUUCACCAGGAGAUGCUCUACUACAAUCUGAAGCCGAGCUAUGAAUAUCAGGAUCCUCCUUGGAAGACUCAUAUUUGGGAAAAGGACAGGGAAAAUGCAGGAAACGGACCACGGACACCAUCAAGAAAAUUCAGGUUUAAAGAGAUUGCUAGGGCCGUCAAAUUUACGUCCAAUCUCUUUGGAAUGGCUUUAUCUCGAAGAAUAAAAGCGACCAUUUUAUUUGCUACAGAAACGGGAAAGUCGGAACGCUAUGCAAAAAUGUUGGGUGACAUUUUUUCCCACGGUUUUAAUGCAACAGUCAUUUGUAUGUCCGACUACGAUAUCAUUAACCUUGAACAUGAAACCCUUCUAUUAGUUGUUACAAGCACUUUCGGAAACGGUGAUCCUCCAGAAAAUGGUGAAGCAUUUGCUCGAAGUCUUCAAGCCAUUAAAGUAACCGGAGAAACGACGCCUGACGUCGAAUAUAUUAGCAGCACUUGUAUGCCGUUUGUGAGGAUGAACAGUAUGCCCAUGGACUUGAAAGAUGAUGACUGUUAUAACAGCAAUCUCACGACAGAGCUGAGUGAUGACAUAGGACCUCUCAGCAAUGUCAGGUUUGCAGUGUUUGCCCUGGGCUCCAGUGCGUAUCCAAACUUUUGCUCUUUUGGUCUGUACGUGGAUACGAUGCUGGGCGAACUGGGAGGAGAACGGAUGGUCAAACUUGGAACAGGGGACGAACUGUGUGGACAAGAGCAUUCCUUCAUCCAGUGGGCACAAGACGCAUUCCACGUUGCCUGUGACGUAUUCUACGUGGGUGAUGACAUUAACAUAAGUGACUUAAAGGCGACAUUGCAUUCGGAUACAACAUGGUGCCCGGAAAAAGUCCGAUUGGUGGAUGUUCCUACUCCUACUGAUAUUUGUUCCGGAGUUUCCAAAGGAACAAAUAGAAAAGUUGUUUCUUGUGUAUUGACGAAGCGAACAGUUCUACAAUCUGAAGAAGAUAGUCGACAAACUCUCUUCAUCGAACUCGAAACUCAAAAUCAUCCAGCAAUGAAAUAUUUCCCUGGUGACCAUGUGGGUAUAUAUCCUGCGAAUCGGGAAGAAAUCGUGAAUGGCAUUUUAGAACGCAUGAGGACCACCUGCCCAGACCCAGACAGACCUUUCCAGUUAGAAUUGCGGAAAACUGUUCAAUCUUUGGAAGGUCCCGCCCACCGCUGGUAUCCACACGAGAGGAUUCCAGCAUUGACAAUGCGACUCGCUCUGACGAGGUAUCUCGACAUUACCACUCCACCUGGGCAGCAGUUCUUACGAAUUCUGGCAACCAUGGCUGAAGAUGAAGCUGAUAUGAGGAAGAUUCAACUUUUAGCCACGGAUUCAACCCGCUACGAGGACUGGAAAUCCCACCUGUACCCGAAUCUCCUGGAAACUCUCGAAGCCUUCCCCUCGGUGACUCCAACUCCGGCAUUCCUGCUGACGCACCUCAGCCUGCUGCAGUCACGGUUUUACAGUAUUAGCUCAGCGCCGCAUUUUCAACCGGGUUUACAUUUGACGGUCGCUGUCGUAAUUUACCAAACCCAGUCAAAGAUUCAUCACUACGGAGUUUGCUCAAAUUACCUUGCUUCUGUGCCAAUUGAAUCGGAGAUAGUUUGUUUCGUGCGCAGCGCACCGAAUUUUCGUCUACCUGAUAAUACGCAAGUACCUUUACUGAUGAUUGGUCCGGGUACUGGAAUUGCACCUUUCAGAAGUUUCUGGCAGCAAAGAUGGCUCGAUAAACAAGACGCAGCAAAUGAAAAUAAAAAAUACGGCAACAUGACUCUUUUUGUGGGAUGCCGCCAUCCACAGGUUGAGCUCUACAGAGAAGAAACGCAGCACAUGAAGGAUUUAGGCAUCCUGGCUCAGGUUCACACUGCCUACUCACGAAUGCCUGGGAAACCGAAGAAAUAUGUUCAGCACAUUCUUCGAGAAAUAGCAGACACAGUAUAUAAAGAAGUGGUUCACGAAAGAGGACAUUUCUAUGUUUGUGGAGAUGUCAGUAUGGCAGAAGACGUAAACCAGACAUUGCGUGCUAUUAUACAAGAGAAAGGAAAUAAAACUUCAACUGAUGUCGACAAUGUGAUAAAACGCUUACAGGAGGAAAACAGAUAUCACGAAGAUAUUUUCGGAAUAACGCUGAAAACGGCAGAAGUUACUAACCGAGGACGAGUAGAGGCCAAAAAUCGUAAGAGCACAUCGUCGUCCAGCUGAAAAUGAUAUCUGAGCUUUCCUAUAAAUCUUUUUUAAGCUCUUCAAUGCAUCUGAAGCAGAGAUGUGAUUUUUCCCCACAUUUUCAUUUAGAAACCAUUGAUUUGACAUACUAUUUGGUCUUAAUAAUGCAGGAGAUAAACCUCUCAUUCUUUUGUUCACAGAUGGUGUCACUGAAAUUAAAUUGUUUAAAUAGUUUCAGCCGCGCCAUCUAUAAACUAAUAUCCAACUUGAAUGGUAACUUUGACAGAUCAAUCUCAAUUACUUUACUCUGUCUGCCCAAACUUAUUCGCCACAUUUGGAUCAAAAUUGUUGUCCCAAAUUAGUUACUAUGUUUGAAUACCAUUGUACUACGUAUUGAAAUUCAUGAUUCCAGGAUUUUAUUUAAACAUUUUUCAGCAAGCAACCAAUCAACAAUAUUUGUUUACCAGACAUUUUCUCCUAAAAUAAGUACCAAAGUUAUGUGUUCACUGUCAAGCCGUAUUCUAUUUUGUAAGGACUCUUCUAGCAGUAAUUGCAUGAAAUUAUUUUUUAGCUAAUGCAACAAUAAUUCAUUACAAAGGAGACUUAUCUUUUUGGCAUGUAACUUGCAGGGUUUUUAUGAAAUAGGGUGUUGCCAGAUACGCCAUUAACUUAGAAUGUUUGGUAGGUGGGAAAUUCCUUACAGCAGAAUUAGUAAAUGGAUGGGAGCAAGUUCAAUCAUUUACUCAGCAAAAGCUGAGGCAAAAACCCAAAAUCAGGUUACUUAACAACUACAAAUGGUUGAUGUGUUUUGCGUGAAACUUGGGAAAGAAACCCCGAUUUCUUCCAAUGCGUUGCUUUCAAUCCAUCACGUGACUUGGGAUCUUUGUUUCACGAAUGAAAGUCUUCACUCCUUCCAUUUUAUCUCUUCUCAAAGAAAUAUUCACAAUUUGCAGGAUUUUUUAAACUCCAAACUUUGACGAAACAUAAAAUACAUGCAUCUAAUGAAACAGUACAGAUGGGCAUUCAGAAAGUGUAUUAUUCAUAUUAUGUCUCCAAAUUUGCCAAAUCCUCAAACAAACUUUUUGGAAUAAGGACAUUUUGGGGCGAUCAAAAGUAUCCAUCCAUGUGGGGGAGGGAGCCCUUGUGCGCGGAUUAAGAUUGCCAAACUCUGGAUUUCUUGAAACUAAUUUGGUACUGCCAAUCGUCUUUAGUGGUCAGAGUGCAUACCAAAUUGCCAACCUAGCUCCACAAGAACAACAACAACAAUUUGGUAUUGAUUUCAGGAUUAAAAGUUUAUAGCAUGACACUAUAAAAUCUAAAAGAUAUUCAAAGAAAAUUAUAUCAAUCAGUACAUAAGUUUUCAAAUGUAACGACUAAUUUGGGACGGAGAAGUACAUUUUGAAUGGUGUCAAAAAUGUGAGUUAAGAGAUUCUUUUCCUACUUUUAAUAAAAUAAGGACAUCAAAAGAAAUGUCAUGGAUGUAAAAAAAUAAUAAAACCUGUAUAAGGCAUUGCAAAGUGAAAGUUAUAGAACAAGCUGUACAGAAAAAAGAAGGUGAAUAAAAUAAAUAAGUAUUCUUCACAAACUAAUUGCUUUAAGAACAUCUAAAUAAACAGGAAAAUAGGGCAUUAUCAUUGAAAUUCAAACAAAUGCCUUCUAGAAAUGUCUAAUCCCCAAUGUCAUAUAUCGCUUCUUAUUUGUCAAAACUUUGAACAUGCAUCAUGUCACUGCUGUAGAUUUAAUGCAAAUAUAACAACAGGUUACACAUUUAUUGAUGGCACUAUGAUUACAAUUACUCCCACAAUUACUUAGGUGGGGUAUUGCUGUUUUCCCCUUAUGUAUUGCAAUA